AUGCUGAUAGAGCUUGGCUUGGCUGGAUUUAGCAAUAGCGAGAAACUAAGAGAAGUUGAUAAAGACAAUUGAGAGAUAUUAUUAGAGGGGAAGUUGAGAGCACAAAACGUGGAGAGAACAUCGACAGGCUCAGGAGAGAAACUGAAAAAACAACGAGGCUAUUUAGGAGGCUCACUGAAGGAAGCAAGAAGACCAGACAGGCCGCCUACAUCAGAAUCAAUCCUGAAAGAUGGCGAGCUAUUGGUACCAUCCACAGACUGCGGGCAGGCUUCAAUUUUUGCAAUUCCAAUGCCAAACUGAGGCAUUUGAGCAAGGAUGGAAUGUGCGAGUCAUGCGGACUUGAUGAAACAGAAGAACAUAUAA